AUGCAGACCCAAUGGCCAGUGAUCGAUUAUAUCGGUCUGGUUGAAGAAAUUAACGCCGCAUAUAAGCUCUCAUAUGACACGCAACAAGCGGCGAUUUGCUAUCAGAAAUGUGGUGAUUUGCUUUUUCAGAUCAAGGAACAUGGAUUUCUUCUCAUCGCUCACACACAUCUCAUUCUCGCUCUCUUAGCCUCCUCCAAAGAUCCCCUCUCCAUCCAACAACACAUCCAAAUCGCCCUCCUCCAAGUCCGCAAUUUUCUCUCCCUCCCCGAAAACGCCUGCAGAAUCGGCGUCUACGACCCCUCAGACUGCACCCACGCAUUCUGUCUCGACAAACCCUACGCCGACAUAAAACUCAUUACUCAAUACCACCUCUUCAUUCUCGCUCUCCAACAAGAACACUCCGACAUGUUUUCCGCACAGAGCUGGGAAUCCUGGGACACGGAAUUUAAAGCCAUAGGUCAAGGCGUUGAUAAAUUUCGCUGCGAAGAUUACGAAAUGGAAGUCAAGAGCGCGGUAACAGGACUCUAUGAGAUGGAAGCUUUUCACAAACCCAUCUUGCCGAUGAUUGCGAAGACAGAAGAGGAAAUUGCAAGCGAGAAGUGGGAAAGAGGGGCCAGGUGGUGGGGAUAUAUGAAUAGAGAGUUGGCGAAGGGACAUGCGGGUGCGGAUGUGCGUGUUUUGGGGGGAGCACAUGUUGCGCCGUUUUUCUUGAUGGGGAUAUUUGGGUUCUGGGAUGGGAUUGAGAAAAUUGUUUUGGGUGGGUUUGGAGGGUAUGGGGGGUUGAGUGGAGAGGGGGUGGGAUGGGGUGGGGAGGGUGGGGUUGAGAAUGAUGAUGGAGGCGAGAGCGCUAGCGGGGUGGAUAGGGAUAGAGAGAGAUUGGAGAGAUCUUUUAAUCGGGAUCAUCUUACUGGGUAUUGUAGGACGACAUUGUCUUAUACGCCGAAGAUUUUCGAUUACAGGGAUUGUGUUUGUGUACAGCAUAAGGAGUUCUUUAGUAAUUGUUCUGAGCGGGAUAGAGAGAUUGCAGAUGCGGAGAUGAGGGCUCGGGGGUAUGCUAGCACGAGUGGGUGUGGGUAUCAGUGGGAUUUCUGA